AUGGAUAUGGAUUCACAGUACACAGCUGGAAAGAUAAGUAUUUCAGAAAAGUCCAUCCUUUCAGGAACAAAGGCUGUUGAGAAUAUAGAUUAUCCACAUUACUUAUAUCCCUUAAGAAAAAUGAACAUGCCUUUUGUGAAAGGAGUUGAGGACAGACAUGACCAUGGCAGAAUUGAAAAGAAAGGCAACCCUACUUUUCUUAAAUUUCAUCCUUAUCCCCCAUCAGUCCUGCCAGACUAUCAUUUAUACUAUCCUUAUCCUCCACCAUAUGGGCCAGAUUUUCCAUUAUUUCCACUUCGAGAUGAUGUACCUUUAGGAGAUGCCUGUUCAGGGUUUAUGAGUCCUGGUGGUGAUGCUGAUUUAAAGCCUGGCAUCGGCAGAACCAUACCAUGCCUGGUGGAUUUCAGUGAUGUUAAACCUCAACAUCGAGUUCCGAGGCCAGACACAGGAUUUCAAAUGAUGUUAAAAAGGCAGAAAUAUUUACUAGAAGAACUUAAACAGGACAGGAGAUGGAAUUCCAGGGCAAUACCAGACAUCUCCAUCAGAGCAAGACUUGGAGGUUGGACAAGCCCACUGAAAGUUACUCCUAGACAACCUCCUCAUAAAGGAUGCUCAAUAAAUCACACAUAUACAUUUGACAAGGAAGCAACAUGCACAGAUGAUGGAGAACCACUUUUCCAAGCAAACGAGAAAUAUAAUGCAAAGGAUUCAUUUUAUAAGUCGUCUACACAAAAAGCUUAUGAAGUUGUUCCUUGGGACAAGAUGCUACCACCAAAACUUGAUCCAGAAGAAACAACAGUGGAAAAAGCUGCUGAUGUCAUCUCACAGUGUUUUACACUGAAGAGAUAUGAAAGGCUGCCAGCAGUAACUCAGAUGGUUGGUGGACUCUGGGACAGAUUUCAAACAAGAUCCUUUGUGGCACCAGUUAAACCAGUUAAUUUUGUGAGUCCAAGUUCUAGAAGCAAAUACGUUCCUCUCUAUACUGGCUGCGUACAGUCCACAAACGCUGAUGACAUUGACAACCCCGCUGUAGACACCACGUCUGUGGCCAAGCCUCGGAGCUCGAAAAUUCUUUAUACCAACACAAGUCGGUCUGCAAAUAUUCCAGGAUACACUGGUAAGAUUCAUUUCACAGCCACCCAUCCAGCAAAUUCUGAUAUUCCAUCAACAAGGCCAUCACCAGACUCAGAAGUGCACCAGGUCUUAAGGAAAGAAAUGGGAGUUGACCUCUUCCAUCACCAAGCGCCGCUGUCUCGAAUGGUCACAACUGUAAAACCCUACAAUCUCUUCAGUCAGAAGGAAAAGGAAACAGUGGGCUACUGAAAAGGGCUGCCCGCUGAGUGACGCUUGUA